AUGGGUCCCAAUGUGAAGGACAAUCCAAUGCCAAGUCAUGGUCCUUCAUCAGUGAACAAUAUAGAAGUUUGUCUCAAUGAACAACGUGUUACGAAGAUAGAGGAGAUUCGGCGGUCUUUGGUUGAAAUUCAUUCUGUUUUAUGUGCUCAUGGUCUAUUCCAACAUGACCACCAAAUCUGUGGUACAUGUUCAGUCAAUUCAAGAGGUUGUAGAAAGAUUCAAGAUGAUUUGCAAGGCGUCCUUGAUCAGGGUUUGAUUCAGAUUUCUAGACAAGUGAGUUCUCCAGAAUCACAAGAACAAGAGGUGAAUGUCAUCAUUCCUUGCUUCAACAUUCCAGAGAAAGUAGAGAUAGCUUAUCAUCCGAGGGAGCCAGUGGUGAUUUUCCCUCCGGGCCCAAUGCCUUACACUUCAGAUAAAGCGGUCCCCUACCGCUAUGCAGCAACUAUUAUUGAGAUCGGUAAAGAGGUCGAGAUUAAAACCUUAGCCUCAGUUACCAAUAUCGCAGCAAAUAGCCGAAUGACGCGCAGUGGCCGCGUGUUCGCUCCGCCGGUUAUCCCAACUAGAAAUGUUGAGAAAGAUCCAGUAGUCGUGGUACCAGUGACAAGAGAAGCAGAAGGGCAAACAAGCAAUUCAACCCUUGAUAAAGAAACAGAUGAACUACUUAGAAUUAUCAAGCUCAGUGACUACAAAGUGGUAGAUCAGUUGCUACAGACACCGUCAAAAAUCUCGAUCCUGUCCUUAUUAUUGAAUUCAGCUGUCCACAGAGAAGCACUACUGAAGGUGCUUGAUCAAGCCUUUGUAGAACAGGAUAUAACAGCAGAGCAGUUCAACAAAGUUGUAGGCAGCAUCACUUCGUGCAAUGGCUUAGGCUUUUGUGAUGAAGAACUGCCAGAAGAAGGAAAGAAUCACAACUUCGCUCUCCAUAUCUCAGCCAAUUGUCAAGGGGAUUCUUUGUCUAAUAUCCUAAUUGACACCGGUUCAUCUGAAUGUCAUGCCCAAGUCUACCUUGGUGAAGCUAAAAUCACUUUCCAGGUUAUGGAUAUAGUGCCAGCUUAUAGCUGUCUGCUCGGACGCCCAUGGAUUCAUGAGGCGGGUGCCAUUACAUCCACGUUACACCAGAAGUUAAAUUUUUUCAAGAAUGGGCAAAUAGUGACGGUUAAUGGGGAGCAGGCUAUGCUGAUUAGCCACCUUUCAUCGUUUAGUGUGAUAGAAGCAGACGAAACGGCUGUUCAAACUCCAUUUCAGGCCCUGACCAUCGACGAUUACAAGAAAAGUGAAGGUUCAAUCGCGUCAUUCAAAGACGCCCAGCAGAUUGUCAAGACAGGUCCUACAGAAAUGUGGGGCAAGGUGAUAGAGUUGCCAGAAAACGUUAACCAUGCAGGAUUAGGCUUUGUUGAUGGAAAACAAGUGCAGACUUCAGUGGUGCGACCUUUCAAAGAUAUCUUUCACAGCGCCGUGAAGAUCCCUGCUAAGAAAGCUGUUGUCGAAGCGACGCCCAGUACUGCUAAGAAGCCUUCGACAAAGGAACAAGUGGUUGUCGAAAGAACACCUGAGAAAAUUCUGGAGGAAACAGCCCCAGAGGAAGAUAUCCCCACAAGUGACCACGAUAUGCAAACCGUAGGAGAAUUCGACACUACAGUGGGUGAAGCUUCUGAAGAUGAAUCUCCUCCUCAUCCAGGAUUACAUGUUGCACCUCAGGGUGAUGAUAUUGAAAUGGAGGUUGUGGUCGAAGAUGAUCCUGAAGAUGGAGCUGCCAGAGAUGAGGACAACCAGUCGAAACGAACAGAGGUUGAGCAUACUUCGACGCGAAACACUCCACCUGCUCCUGACCGGGCCCAAGGGAGUGGCAAAUCAACUGACGACAUUGUCGAACUCUUUGAGAAGUCUGUUGGCUAUUACAAAGUACAUAAUUAA